AUGAUCGCUUGGAUCGGUGGCGAUACUGUUUGUCAACAUACCAUUGUGGAAGCAACGGGCAGCUUUGAGUUAGCAAACCCAAACCAACUACGUCCAAAUACCUGCCAGUGGAGAAUUUUAGCAAACAUUGGAGAAUCCAUAGAGCUCAAAUUUACUCGUAUAAAUCUGCUCCCCCAGUACUCAGAUGGUGUCUGCAAUGACGAAUACGUUGAAGUUUGGGAUGGUUAUUAUUCCGGAUCAAAAUUACUUGUGAAUUGCGACACCACACUAAAUGGUCCCGAAGGCACCUUUACGAGUCCCGGUUACCCCACUGACUAUCAAGCAAACAAGCAGUGCGUUUGGAAGAUCCAAGUUCAAAAGCAUCAUGGGAUUGUCCUCGAAUUCGAGGAAUUUAAAGUUAGUGUUCACUUUUCUUCGUACUAA